UUUGUAGUAGAAGCCUAAUUGUUUUGGCUUUGUUGCUGAUUUCUAAAAAUAUGUAUUUUUUAUUUUUCCCUUCCUAUUUAAAUUCACUUGAGAGCUUUGUGAAGGGUUUUUUCACACCUAUGAAUGGUUAUAUUUCCUCUAGCUAGAGUAAUAUUUUAAAAGAUGAAAAAAAUAAGUAAUUGUCUUGUUAAGGAAGUCUGACUACAGCUUAGAAAAGUAACUGUAACUAACAAGUCUUUGAAAGGUGAUUUACACUUGAGCAAGACUAGAGCUGGAAAAUUUGAGGAGACAGAGGAGGAAUAUUGGUUAUGUAGUCUAUUUCUCUUGUAAUUAAAGAGCAGUCUUACUGACAAAAAUACAGCUUGAGGGUAAAGGGAAAAGAUUGCUAUGACAGAGCAAGGUUGGAUCUUGAUUAUUUGUCUGCCUCAGCUACUCUAAUUGCCAGUCUAAUAAUAAUGUUUCCUCCUUGGGAUGAACAUACAUGGAGUUGUUUGUGGAUUCAGAUAUUGCAGAGGCAUCCAGGCUUUAGCAGCCACUUCUGCUCUGUAAAAUGUAAGGUUUAGACUAAUGAAAAUUGGAGGAAAGGACCAUCAUGUCUCUGUAUAUCUCUUUGUGUAUAUAUUUAUAGUCAUUAGAUUCACUUAAACUGCGUUUCAGGAAAGCACUUUUGUCUCCCAGGCAUCCAUCUUGCAUUCUGCAAGGUAACCAGAAGUUGGGUGUCUGCAGCAGACUGAGUUUACUGUUGGGUAGGAAGAUUGGUCCCAGUCCUGGCACAGCUGGUCCCUGUUUUGGCUGUCCUGUAUACCAUGCUCUUACUUACAUGGGAACACAUAAUCAGGUUGUGUGUUCUAUGCUAAAAUUGACUUUCCUCUUGAUAUGUCUUCACUUCCUCUUUUUUGGACAUAUCUUAAGCAAUGUCUAUGUAAGAGUAAUGCUGGCUGAAACCUGUUGAAAACUUAACCACACCCACUGAGUCAUGCCAUAGGAAUUUGCCUAGGAGACUAAUCUCAAAGAUGUUUUGGGCUUUCUGGUAAAAAAAGGAAGCAGCUGUCCUCCACCCAAGAAAUAGGGGAGCAAAGAGAAGGGAGUAUGACUUAAAAUAACUAGUAGUGAUGUAUAUGUUUUUCCUUUGAUGCAUCAGAAUCUUUUGAAACAUCUUUUUCCCUGAAAGGUAUCUGUUCUUCUCCUAUAAGACGGUGAAUUAGUUUCAUAAGUCUGCAGUAAGUUAAGUUAUAAACUACCACAUCCUUUUUUGUCAGGCUUUUGACGAAAGCAAGUGGCAUGAGUUUUUUUUAUUUUUAAUGUAUAAACCAAAGAAGGCCUUUUUCUCUGACCCUAUAAGAAAAAGAGGCGCAGCAGAACUGAAGAGAACUUGCCAAUCGCUUCCAUCAUCACCAUGUCAUUAAAUGCCUUGUGGCAUUUUUAGCCCAGCACUGUCUGAUGUUGCAAAAGCCAAUCCUUCGUGACUAAGACAUGGUAUUCUGCUUGGCUGCUUAUCAAAGUGGUUGUACCUACAAACAAAUUUGAUCUGGGUAUACUUGCAGCAGUUGUACUGUACCUUAAUCCUCCUCUUCCUUUGUGAUUAAUGUUAAAAACUCCUGAUAGAGUCAAAGAUUGCUGCUGUAGGAAGUACUAUAAACAUGCAAACUUAGUAACUUCAGUUAAAGCUUCUGUCAAAUUCACAAUGAAUUCAAAUUAAUUUUGUGUUGGCAUCAAAAGAGCUUUUGAGAAUUUCUGCUCUGCUCACAUUCCUACUACAGACCUUACAGUUCUUAUGGUUCUUUGCUUGCCUUUUGUUUCUUGAUCUUGGACUUCGGGUAUGUUCUCGUUUACAGGUACUGCAUGCAAUGAAGGUGUGGGUGAAAUUUUGAUUCUACUGAUUAUGCACAGUGAAUGAGUUAUGAUGCAAAGAGAAUAACCUCACAGAGAUGUAAAAUAAUGUCCAUCACAGCGUAUUGUCAAACUUCAGAUAUCUAGUCUUCAAUUUACAUGAAAUGUAAAAAUAGUAUAAUAGUAAAUAAUUUUAAAAUACCAAUAAAUACUUCCAAUAAAAAAUAAAUGUGGAAGAUAAAAACCAAAGCAGUAACUAUGGUAAGUGCAGUUCUGUAUUUAGUGUUUUAAGAGUCUAGUCAAAGCCUAAGCUACAAGUAACAAAGGAUGUUAAACAAACAGGGCAAUGUCAACUUUGUCGUUCUGCAGCAGCAUUUUUAGGCAUGGGAAAGUAGAGUUUGUUUAAUCAGCUUGCUAACAACAGCCUGAGCCAUUGCUAGAGAACUAGAAUGCUUUGAGUUUGUCUAUGUUGUGACAUCUGUAGGGACACUUAUAAUUUAAGGUCUUAUGCUAAAAGCUUACUAAUUUCAUGUUUCUUUCUAAAAUGUGCUUAUCUGCUUUUCUAGUGAAAAAUAGCCUUUUAUGCCAGAAACUUGCAAGAUCUGUUUUAAGUCUAUUAUUUGGACAAAAAAGAAAAAGAUACCUGGAUGUAGAAAAUUCAAUUGUAUAAAGAAUGAAAAAUUUAAUUCAUUCAGAGUAUCAUCCUUAUUGUAGGAAGUAGGUGUGUACAACUUGAUAAGAGGCUCUCUCUUUUUUGAUAGUCCAGCUUCAGUUGCAGUAAGGAUUUAUGAUGAAAAAAAUACUCAUCUUCCUAGUUGCAAACUCUUGCACUGGUACCCUUACUGUUCUCUACAGAAAGAAAUCCACGAUGAAUAUGCUGCUAGACUGACUUAGCAUGAGACCAGCUGUUCCCAUGGUGCAUAUCAGUUGUAAGCUUGGGCAAAUACAGAAAUCUCUUAGUAAAGAAGACAAACUGGAACACAGAGAACACAAACAAUAAUGAGGAGCAAUAUUCUCUGUUCAGUCAAACUGAAAUUUUUCUGGCAAAAAUAAAAUACACAGGAAGAAAAAAAUUGGGUUCUCUUGAGUCAAUCCAAAACAUAAGUGAGAUAUCAUUAACACAGUUUUUGAAGAGAGGAAACUUGUAUAUCCUUGGUUUUUCCUUAAAAUGAUUUUUUUUCAGACCACAAGCCAGUGGUUUUAGACAAAUCCUUUAAAGCCCUUAAAUUAGGUUUUACAGCAUUUAGAAAAUAAACAUGUUUAUUUUUUUCCCUGUUACUUUACUGAUUUCAGCAUCUCUGUACAAAUAGUUUUUGGUCCUGCUAAAUAAUUGGUUUUGCAAACAUCAGCUGGAGAAACACCCAUUUCUAACAGGGGACACUUGCUUUUCUGCUAAGGAGAAAUACAAGUUUAAAACAUUAAUGUAUUUAUGUUUAAAUCAACAUGAUUAUUUGUCUUCUGAAGCACUUCUGAACUGCCAAGGCAAACUGAAAUGCCCUUCUACAUUCUUACUGCCUUUUAGUUUGUUUAUGACCACAGAAGUCACACAGCCUGCCUUUCCUUAACAGUGCGCACAAUGUGUUCUUGUGUGGGCUAUCAUCAAAUCACAUACAUCUUUUUUUGUGUUUCUUGUUCUCUGAAAGAAAGCUUUUCUCCUCCAUCUUUUCUUUUUGCUUGCUCAUAUGUUUCUUUGGCAUAGCACAUCUGCUUUCAGCUUCUAAACUGAGCUGUUUCACAGGUUAACCUUUCUUGGCUUUAGCACCCACUUACAGAAGUGAAGAUAUUGGGCUGUUCCCGUUAGUGCCUGGUGGAUUUGGUAAGUGCCCCCUCUGUCUUUUACCUACUUCAGAACCACGUGUUCACUGCCGAUUCAAUAAUUAACUCCUUGUUUGCCCAUGAAGCCUGUUCACCCUGCACUAAACAAGGUACGCUGCUGGGCCGUUGUGCAUUGAUUAGUGUGUUUGAAUGAGGGAGAUCUCUCUGAGGGCAUUAUUAGCAACCAAGUCCACAAUUGUGCAACUUUUUUUUCUCUACUAGUUCCCUCUCUGUCACCAGUUGUGAAAGCUGAUGGCAGGUGUAAGUAUAUGACUGCCUGCUGGCACUUGGGGUAUUUUUCGAUGAAGUAGAACCAAGUUUGUUGCGGAUCUAACUUGUUAUUCGCAGCAAGUUGCAUAUCACCACUUUACAUCUCUUUUUAAAAAAAAGAUCUGUUCGUGAUCGCUCAGAAUCAGCUUAGGCUAUUUCACCCAGUCUAGGUGGAAAACUGGCACUGCCAGUUAAUUUUACAGGUCAGCUUUUAGAGCAGGACUGCAAGUAUACCCUUAGUAUAUACUGUUUUCACAUGUAGCAUAAGAAGAAAUCAGGACCAUAAUUACUGGGUGUCAGAAUAGACCAUAAUCUUGCCCAGUUGGAAGAUGCAGACCUGCUGUUGGUGUUAAAAGAUAUUUCUUAGGCUUCUCUUUCCAUGGUUGAUUUUCAUUUGGCAUUUCAGUAUCAGUACAUCCCAAAGGUACUGCUUUAUUUUGGGAAUAGCCUUGUUUAUUGUGCUGCAGAGAUUCUCUUGCCAGCCUGCACUGGACCCACAUUCCUGCAUGCAUGGCUUUUGAUCACAUGAUUUUUUUGAUGCUGUUGACUUGUAAUUUACACUUGAACAUGUCAGUAAGCAGUGAGGAUAAAAUAUGAAGUUUGCAGCAUGUGUAGUGUUGUGAAGUAGAAAAAAAGAUCACAGCUAAAUAUAUUAAUAGCCAAUAAAGUUACAUUGUCUUGGAAGAUUCCAUCCUGAAAGAAUAUAUUCUGUAGUCACUUGUCAUGGACUAGUAGUAAUAAUAGCUUGCAGGCAAUCAAUGCUAACUAAAAAUUAUAUGUAUGUAUUAGACUUUCACAACAUCAGCUAGGAUAUAAUUGCUGAUAUUAGAAAUCAAUGAUCAGGUGGAAGGGAACAGCAUCUUUGGAUUAUUAAUACUGAUUUUCAGAACAUUGAAACUUAAUAAAGCCUAGAGGACACAAUGCAAUGGAAUAGCUUCAAUAAAAGAAAAAAAUUUUAAAAAGGCUGAUGUAGGUGAUUUCAGGCAGGUCAAUUUUACAUUGAAACUUAAAAUGUGAGAAGAGGAGAAAAUAAGCAAGCAGCUAGUAUUGGAUUUCUUUUUCUUAAAGUAUUAAAGAAUGGAAACAAAUGGUAAUCAGUGUAGCUUAAUGGAAAGUAUAUGUAGUUCAAUUUGAUACUGAUCUUUAAACUAUCAAUAUGAUCAGCCACACUUAUGAAAGAAAUUCUUGCCUUUAGAAUAAUGCUGCAUAAUUUGUUGACUAAGAAAUUUCAAAAAUACAGCUCCCAAAUUCCUCAAAAUGGAUAAAAGGGAAAUAACCAAUUGAUGUCAGCUUCGAUGAUGCCCAGCUCAAGGGCACAAAGCAGGGGCUGUUAAUCAUGUAAUCUGGGCAUUAAUUUUUAGCCUGCAAUAUUUUAGCUUUUUAUUAAAAAGAAAAAUUCUUAGAAGCCUACUUAUGAUGUAAAUUUCUAAUGCAAACACUUAGUUCAUUAAACAGAAUCACAGGAAUAUUUGUUUAAAUAAACAUACCAUGAUGUUGGUAGUCAUGUGCUGUCUAAGUGAGCACAAUUGUUCUCAGGUUUAUGUGCCAAAUGAUCCUGAUAUUUGGUAGUGAGCAUUUAGCUGCUGGUCUUCAUCUUUUCUUUUUUAUUUUUUGAGCUGUCUUCCCUAUUUCUUUCAAGUCCUUAUGGUACCAUAUAGUUUGGAUAGAAUUAACCAAGCUGCCAGUUAGGCCAUUCUACUGUUAAAAUAUAGCAAACCUAGAAUUGAUCAGGCUUUCUUUUGAAGUAGUCCAAAAUGAAAUGUUGUCCUUUUUGUCUAGUUCUGGAGUGGAGUUAUUUUGAUUUGUGGUACAGGUAAUUUUUUUUAAUUAAAAUAUUAGAAAAACAUUAUUGAAAAGGUUUUCAUUUUCUGGCCACAAAAAAAUAGAUAGGAUUUUUUUUUCUAGUAAUUGGGUGUGUGGGAAUCAUGAUCAACAAUUUACUUCUUGUUUUGACUAACCUCUCAGUACUGGCAAAAGCAGGGAAACAUAUUUAUUAAUACAGUUGGCAUUGGUAAUUAUCUUAUCAAAAGGUAUUUUCCUAAUAAUUUCUUGUUAGAUAAAUGCCAACAGACUGUAGUCAAGACUAGAUUAAAAGUCGCCAGUCUGACUUGGUAGCUGUCACUGAGAAGCCCAUUGGUUACCUAUUACCUGAGGUAUUUGGGAAUGUAAUGGGAGUCAAGUUCUGAGCAUGCAGUGUAUGGUGAUCUGAACUAGAUUAUAGCUCUGCACCCAAUUCUAGUCCCUGUACCUAAUCCUUCAGUAUUUUGUUUUCUGGGAAUGAUUUCUUAGGAGGUGUAGCAUAUACCUGGGAAAUUUCCAUCAGUGCCAGCCAUGUGCUGGGUUUCUGUUUUCUGGGAAGACAGAAAAUAUGUCCCCCUUCUUCCUAACCACAUAGGUCAAACAUCCUGUAAUUGAAGUAAUCUAAAUAAUCUUCUGCCUCUGAUAUCCUGCUGCUUCAGUACACAAUGAACCAACCACCUAGUGGGGCUGAAGCGCUUCUCCUUGGUGCUUGUCUCUUGCUGGAGGUGUGUGGAGGAGGGGAAGGAGGUAGUUUAAACAUUUUUUUAUCUCUAUUGGAUCCCUGUCAGUAAGGGGAGGCGGAGGUGAAGAGCAGUGACCUGAGCAUAGCAAAUGUUACCCUGUUGCAUCAUAAUUAUUGCAUUUCUGAGGGGAAGUUAGAAGCAACAACAGCAAUAAAAGCAGUGGUUUCUGCCUUGUCUUCCAGAGCAGCUUUAACAGGCGUCUCUACCAUGACACUGCACUGCUUACAGCUUUUUCUCUUGCUUCUGCUUGGUUCAUGGUGGCCAGACUCAGAGCAGCAUGUGGUGGGAGCUGUGAAGAUCAGGGAGCACUAUAUAGCUGCACAGAUCACCAGCUGGACCUACAAACCAGAACCUGAGGAAAAGUCCAGAUUGGAACAUUCAGGUCCUGUAUUUAAGAAAAUUUCUUACAGAGAAUAUGAAGUGGAUUUUAAAAAAGAAAAACCAGCAAAUACAUUUACAGGACUUCUGGGACCAACCCUGCAUGCUGAAGUGGGAGAUACUUUAGUGGUUCACCUUAAAAAUAUGGCUGACAAGCCAGUCAGUAUUCAUCCCCAAGGUCUAGUGUACAGCAAAAAUGAAGAAGGCUCCCUGUAUGAUGACAGAACAUCAUCUGCAGAAAAACGAGAUGAUGCUGUACUUCCAGGCCAGCUCUACACAUAUGUAUGGGAUAUAUCAGAAGAAGUUGGUCCAGGAGAAGCUGACCUUCCUUGUCUUACUUAUGCUUACUAUUCUCAUGAGAACAUGGCAAUGGAUUUUAACUCUGGUCUGAUUGGAGCAUUGCUGAUUUGUAAGAAAGGAAGUCUAAAUGAGGAUGGGUCACAGAAACAUUUUGACAGGGAAUAUGUACUGAUGUUUGGUGUGUUUGAUGAAAACAAGAGUUGGCAAAAAUCAGCAUCAGUCAAGUAUACAAUUAAUGGCUAUACUAAUGGAAUGUUACCAGAUUUAGAGGCUUGUGCAUAUGACAACAUUAGCUGGCACUUGAUAGGAAUGAGUUCCAAGCCAGAAAUCUUCUCCAUUCACAUCAAUGGCCAGUCCAUGGAGCAAAAACAUCGCCGAGUUUCUGCUGUUAACUUGGUGGGAGGAGCCUCAACCACCGUAAACAUGACAGUGACGGAGGAAGGAAGGUGGCUCAUAUCUUCUCUUGUCCAAAAGCACCUGCAAGCUGGAAUGCACGGUUACCUCACUGUAAGGGACUGUGGGGACAAAGAGGUGAAGAAGAAUCGUCUCUCCUAUAGAGAACGCCUUAUGGUCAAAACCUGGGACUAUUUCAUUGCUGCAGAAGAAGUUACCUGGGAUUAUGCCCCAAGUAUUCCAGACACCCUUGAUAGACACUAUAAAUCACAACACUUGGACAACUUCUCCAAUCUCAUAGGUAAAAGGUAUAAAAAGGCUAUAUUUACACAAUAUACUGAUGCCAGCUUUACUAAACGUCUGGAAAAUCCUCGUCCCAAGCAAACUGGAAUCUUGGGCCCUAUUAUCAGAGCUCAAAUCAAUGAUAAAGUCAGAAUUGUAUUCAAAAAUAAGGCCAGUCGACCCUACAGCAUUUAUUUCCAUGGAGUGACACUUGCAAAGAAUGCAGAAGGAGCUGAUUAUCCUCUGGAUCCCACAAGCAAUGGCACCCAGAGUAGAGGAGUUGAACCAGGGAAUACAUACACUUAUGAGUGGAAGAUUGCUAAAACAGACCAACCCACUGCACAGGAUGCACAAUGUAUUACAAGGAUGUAUCAUAGUGCUGUAAAUAUUGAGAGAGAUAUAGCCUCUGGACUGAUUGGCCCACUUCUGAUUUGUAAAAGUGAAGCACUGACGCAAAAGGGUGUGCAGAAAAAGGCAGAUGAGGAGCAGCAGGCAGUGUUUGCUGUGUUCGAUGAAAAUAAGAGCUGGUACCUAGAGGAUAACAUCAAGGAGUACUGCAGCAACCCAGCCACUGUUAAAAGGGAUGAUCCCAAGUUCUAUAACUCGAAUAUAAUGCACACAAUAAAUGGCUAUGUGUCUGACAGCAGUGAAAUCCUUGGAUUUUGCCGAGAUACUGUGGUUCAGUGGCACUUUUUCAGUGUUGGCACUCAUGAUGAGCUUGUCUCUGUUCGCCUUGCUGGACACUUUUUUCUGUACCAAGGGAAAUAUGAGGAUACAUUGAGCCUUUUCCCCAUGAGCGGAGAAUCGGUCACAGUGGAAAUGGACAAUGGUGGCACUUGGCUUUUGGCAUCCUGGGGCACCCCAGAAAUGAGUUACGGCAUGCGGCUGAGAUUCAGGGAUGCUAAAUGUGACUAUGAGGAAGAUGAAACAUUUGAUGUUGUGGCUUUAAGUCCCACCAAGGCUGAAAGAAAGGCUGUUACCACUUCAGCUGAGGAAGAUGUGCAAGAAAAUGAGGAAAACAAGGAGGAAUCAGAUUACCAGGAUUACCUGGCUUCUUUUUACUCCAUCCGAGGCUCAAGAAUGGCAGCAGGUGAUGAAGAAAAACAGAAUCUUACAGCCCUGGCCUGGGAGGAGUAUGAAGACACUGAUGCUACGAGUUCUGAGGUGGCAGUUGGCUCAGGUCUGACAGCUAUAAAUAGUAGUGGAACAACAAACAACUCUAAGUUCUUAGAAACUCAUAUCACUCCUCUUCCCCCAGGCAAGGCUGAAACAUUCCAGUCAAAUCACACAUCAAUCACAGCAGAAGAGGAUUUAGUUUUAGCUACCAUGAGUGAUGGAGAAGCUGACUUGGUAUUUGAGAAUAGAAGCCAAAGCAGCUAUGAAAUAGCUCACAGUAAUAUGUCUGCAGGUGAACACUUGCUGAGCAAUGGGGAAGGCCCAGUGAAUGUUGCAGAAGAGCUUCCAGCUGGUGGAAAUGACAAUAAACCUUUUCCAGAAAAACAUCAAGAGCAAAGCCCAGGAAGAGGAAAUUAUACCACUAACCAGAGAAGGAAAAGGCGAAGCUCACUGGCCAUUAAGUUUUACUCUGUCCAAAAGAUGAAUACCCUUCUAAAUCAUGUCCGAAAUAAAAAUGUCUCAUUUUCUGGCAAGACUGAUGUGCCUCUUUCUGUGCAUCAUACAGAAAACACAUCCAAUGAAGCCAUGGUGGGAACUGGCCAACUGCCAAAUGAACAUGAUGAUGAUCUGGAAGAGGAGGGAAAGAAGAUGGAAAACGUCAUGCACACAGUUAACUUGACACUGGAUUUGGACCUCAUAGUAGGAGAUAGGUCUAAUGCAUCUGGCCUUUCUGAACCCAGGAUAUCCAAAAAUAAACCAGAAGAUGUUUUUUCUUUAGAAUAUAUGUUAGACAAUACAAGCCCUAAUUCUAGCCCUGCUGUAGUGAAGAACUUACUAGAAGCAUCAUUGCCUGGGGCUGGGAAAUAUUCAUCUAAAAUGACUAGUGAGGAAUGGAAUUUGGUAUCUGCAAAGAUGAAUCUGGGAUUAGAGGCAAGCUUAGAUAAAUCUGCUGGUGGUAAGUUAAAUCAUCAUGGCAGAAAUGGUACAGCAUCCAUAAAUAAGGAGGAUAUGAAGAAGUAUCAAGGGUUCUCACAUCUAAUGGGGGAAAACCAGAAAGGGACCCACAUGCACCCAACUCAUAAAGGAAAGGAGGGAAACAACAAUGAUACCGUGACUUUGUCUGGAACCUUCAAGAUCCGAAGGAGAAAGAAGGAAGAUGCAAAAAUUACCUACUUGCUGAGCCCAAGGAGUAGAAACCCCAAAAAGCCUAGCAAUUCUGUAGCAGGGUUUGGCCGUGCAUUGCUUCCAGGCGGGACCAACCACACAGCAGUGCCGUGUUGCACAGACACCACCAGGGCAGGCAGCGAGGGCAGCCAGAGGGUGGAUGUGAGCAGAGGCAGGCAAGGAGAGUCGCUGGGUGACAGCCUCACCCCGCAGCAGUUCAGGCCAUCCAUCACCAUCGGCCUUCCCCGAGCAGAUGGAGACUACGACUACGUGAUAGGAGAAUCCUACAGCGACGAGAGCUCGGGUGGGGAGUACGAGUACCAUUAUGUGAGCUUUGAUGACCCCUACAUGACAGACCCCAAGGUGAACAUCAGUAGGCAGCGUGACCCGGAUGACAUUGCUGAGCAUUACCUGCGCAGCAGAGGCAACAAGAGGAGAUACUACAUUGCAGCUAAAGAAGUCUGCUGGAACUAUGCAGGAUAUAAGAAAAGUGCAAUGAGGAAUGACAAAACCUGUAAAGAUGGCAGCAGACAUAAGGUGAUUUUCCAGAGCUAUACAGACAGUACCUUUUCGACUCUUCAGGAUGAAGAUGAAUAUACAGAACAUCUUGGCAUCCUGGGGCCAGUUAUUCGGGCUGAAGUGGACGAUGUUAUCUUAGUUCAUUUUAAGAAUCUGGCAUCCAGACCAUAUUCCCUCCAUGCCCAUGGAGUCCUCUAUGAAAAGUCCUCUGAGGGAAGCGUUUAUGAUGAUGAAUCUACUGCUUGGUUUAAGGAAGAUGAAGUUCAGCCAAAUAACAGCUACAUAUAUGUAUGGUACGCAAGCCAGCGAUCGGGCCCUUUGCAGUCAGGAGCAGCUUGUCGGUCCUGGAUCUACUACUCUGAUUUAAACCUGGAGAAAGACAUUCAGUCUGGUUUGAUUGGGCCAAUACUGAUCUGUGAAAAAGGAUCCUUCAGCAAAUCAAACAGCAGCAGAACGUAUACCCGAGACUUCUUCUUGCUUUUUAUGGUCUUUGAUGAAGAGAAAAGCUGGUACUUCGACAAACAUUCUGGAAGGCCUUGUAAUGAGAAGACACGAGAAAUGCAGCAAUGCCACAAAUUCUAUGCCAUUAAUGGGAUUACCUACAAUUUGCAAGGCUUGAGGAUGUAUGAAGGUGAAACAGUCCGAUGGCACUUGAUGAAUAUGGGUGGGCCAAAAGAUAUUCAUGUUGUUCAUUUUCAUGGACAGACUUUCAUAGAACAAGGAGAGCCAGAGCAUCAGCUUGGUACAUACACUCUGCUCCCAGGCUCAUUUAGAACAAUUGAAAUGAAACCACAGAGACCUGGCUGGUGGCUUUUAGACACUGAAGUGGGGGAAUACCAGCAAGCAGGAAUGCAGACAUCCUAUUUGGUUAUAGAGAAAGAGUGCAGGAUUCCAAUGGGCCUGGCAAGUGGAGUUAUACUCGAUUCGCAGAUUGAUGCUUCACAUCACAUAGACUAUUGGGAGCCUAAGUUAGCCCGAUUAAAUAAUUAUGGAACAUACAAUGCUUGGAGUACUACAGUGGAGGAAGAACUCCCUUGGAUCCAGGUGGACUUUCGAAGACAAGUUUUGCUCACUGGGAUACAGACACAGGGAGCCAAGCAGUUUUUUAAGUCCUUGUACAUCCAGAAGUAUUUUCUUGUUUACAGCAAAGACAAACGGACAUGGAACACCUUCAAAGGAGACAGCUCGCCAACAGGAAAGAUUUUUGAAGGCAAUUCCAAUGCCUAUGAGGUAAAAGAGAACAUCAUUGAUCCCCCUAUUAUUGCUAGGUACAUCAGACUCUACCCCACCGAGGUCUACAACAGGCCUACUCUUCGCAUGGAGCUUCUGGGCUGCGAAGUAGAUGGCUGCUCUUUGCCACUUGGAAUGGAAAGUGGAGAGAUCAAGAAUACCCAGAUCACAGCCUCAUCUACAAAGACAUCCUGGUUUAACACAUGGGAUGCUUCACUUGCUCGUCUCAAUCAGAAUGGAAAGAUGAAUGCCUGGCGAGCCAAGUUUAACAACAAUCAACAGUGGCUGCAAAUUGAUCUCCUCACAGUAAAGAAGAUCACUGCUAUUGCUACGCAGGGGGUGACGUCCAUGUCAGCUGAAAACUUUGUGAAAACCUAUGUUCUUCUGUACAGCAAUGAAGGCUCUGAGUGGAAAUCCUACAUAGAGGAUUCAAGCUCAAUGCCAAAGGUUUUCUUGGGUAAUGCAAACAGCAAUGGGCAUGUCAAGAAUUUUUUUAACCCGCCCAUCCUGUCCCGGUUCAUCCGCAUUGUUCCAAAAACAUGGUACCGUGGGAUUGCCCUUCGGGUAGAACUCUAUGGCUGUAAUUUUGGAGGGGGUCUGGCUGUGAAAAGGAUUGAUGAGUCUGGGCGCUCUUAACCUGCCAGCAGUCAUCAUGCAGAACAACCUCUUUGUUAAGAAGCUCUUAAAACAGUCACACAGUUUGGAUGUGUGCUUUGUCAAAGGAACAUAAUGUUUUACCAGCAGGAUUGAGAGAUUUCUCUGGCAGGUGUUUCAUUCCUACAAAUACACACUUUAGAGAAUAGCCUCUUUUCCCUGGGAAAGGCCCUUUUCAGCUUAUUUUCUCUGGAAGAAAUACUAGUCCCUUCUGAUUAGUAUUAUCACUUCUUCAUUAUAACCAGUACUCUGUCUUACUUUUUACUUAAUUUUAAGUCCUAAAUCCCUAGGAAUGGAGACUCUGGCCUUGAUCCUGAGCCCUGACUAUCUCAAUUUUGUAAUGCUUUUGCAGCACAGGUGAGGAAUAGAAAGCUAUAGCAGGUGAAUGUUUUCCAUAGAUAAGGCUGAGAGGGAAAACCAGUGCUGAUCUGGAGCUGUAGUGCUGUGUUCCAGCAGUGCCUUGGUGAGAAAUGAUUGUAGGGGUGACCUCUCCUCCACAUGUCUUUCACCUACACUGUGUCAAAGGCAGGACAUGUCUCAGCACUGAGGUAUGUGCAACCCCUUCUCCGAGAAUGUGUGUUGGCAUUGUUGGUUUGGUUCUUGCAUACUCAACACACCUGAAUGAUGUGGAUUUCACAGAAUUCAUCUUCAGUGCCCUGGAAAGGAAAAAAAAGGGGUCAGCACUGCCUUUCCAUCCCAGAAAGGAGUAGGGAAGUGAUUUAACCUGGCAGGUCAUAGAACAGCAAUUGGAGAACCAAAACAAGAAUUCAGAACUCCUGGUGCUCAGUCCCAUAUACACUUUUAGACUGUUGGAACAGGGAGUUCCCUUGAUGAGGAAAGCUUUGAGAACUGCAGCUGUUCAGUGACAGUACAGCCUGAGGGUGGCAGAGGAGGGUUAGAUGAAACUGGGUUACAGAAACAGCUGCAUCUUUUCUUACAAUUUAACAGUGUUUUCACUAAUGGAAAUACUCUUGUGCAUAAAUUUUACAUGGAUUUUUCCCAGGAUAACUACAUCUGAAAAUAGAUACACCAUCCAUGAAUUUAUUAUUCCAGCAGAAUUUUAGCUAAGCUUUCAGUAGUGUUCUGUAAUUUUAUCCUGUUAAUUGUUUCUUUGCAGCACUUCACUUAUCACACUAGGUACCAUUCAGCAGGCUGGAUUUUUAGUAGUUUGUCUCUGAACCUUGGAUGGUGUUAGCCAGUUUUAUUUCAGUCGUUUUUAAUUUCCUUCUCUUACAGAGCAUGCAUUUUAAAGAGAAGGUAUAGAACAAGAGUGAAAAAAAGUGUAAAAACUAAACAAAUAUGUUCUUCUAAUUUUUUUCCUUUUUUACUAUGUCACAAACUGUUGUAAUUUUCCACUGAAAAAUAAAGAUAAUAUUGUAGCAU